AUGAGGAAUUUUCGACAAUACAAAUCAUCGACUGUACAGGUAUCUCCACGAAAUGGUGGGUACGUUCAUCAUCCUCAUCCUCCAUCAACAGUGAAACAUUCAGCUGCUGAUGGAAUGAAUGCAUCUCCCAACAAGGGAGAGAAAAAGACAUUUUCUGAAACAAUGAGUGACAACUCUUCACAGCCCAACACUAGUGCUGUUGAACCAUUGUGGCUGUAUGGAUAUGCAUACUUUUCAUUGGAUAAAACUAUAUGGGGAUUGUUAUUGGAUUUGGAGAAAAAGUUUGAUGCUGGUCAAAUUGACAAGAUUCAAUCACUUCCUUCACCUUCAUCCUCUCUUAAUAGUGGUACUUUCACUUUUCAACCUCCAAAACCAAGUGUGAGGAUAAAACAAUUGAAACCAACAAAUAUUGAGCUUCUGAAUCAAUCAUUUAUGGAUUAUUCUAAUGCCAACUUUAAAGAGUGUUUGAAGAGUAUUCAAAUUUUGAUAGAACGAAAGAUUUCCAUGUUUACCGACACAACAGAGGACAGAUAUGAACUGAAUUUAUCUUUAUCUCUAUUUUCAAUUAUCAUUCUGAAUUAUUCAACUGUUUUGUCAACUCAAUACCAGAGCUUUCACAACAGCAUGGAACUAUUGAAAGUAGGAGAAAUGAUGCUGAAACACUUCAAGAGCGACCAAUUGAAAGAUUAUUUCACAUCUCUAUUCAGCAGUGCCAUGUGUAAUUAUUACAAAAAAAGAAAAAAAUAUAACAUGAUGUACAAAUAUUCCAAACAAGCCUAUGAAAUGUACAGUCAAACAGGAACAAGCAUUUAUGCUCAAUAUAUUUUGCAAACGUAUGCCACUAGUUGUCUCUUUCGCAAGAAGUAUGAGGAAGCAAUUGAGUGCUUUGAAAAUAACAUUUUUUUGUACAAAAACCAAAUUCCAAGCACUUCUGUACAAACAAGCUUGCUAGAUUAUUUCAAUAGAAUUUUGACAUUCAUUUGUGACAAUGAGUAUUUCAUAAUUAUUAAUAAGUGCUUUAAUACCUUCAAUUAUGGUGUGGCACUAUUUGAGACGAAACAGAUGGUUCCUAGUCGAUACUACCUCUUUCAAGCUAUUGAUAUAAUGAAUCACCACCUCAGUUCCCACCACGAUAUAAUUAUAGAGAAACGAUGGCUCAAGUCCAUGAUUAAGGUGUAUAGAAUUGUGACCUCUAUUUGUGAAAACCAACCAUACAAUGAUUGCAACAUUUCCAUGCAUGCAAUUUUUAAUAAGGGAAAACCAAUGGUGGAUCCACUCGAGCCAGCAUUUAAAAACGAAAGGUACUAUAUUACCACACUGAACAAGGCAAUACACUAUGUCAUUCUAGAAAAUGAAAGACAAGAAGUUAUGGCAAGAGCAGAGAUUGACGCCGAGGAAUAUAGGAGAGUGAAGAAACUGGUUAGCAUACUCCCCCUUUUGAAAGUGGAUCCAUAUUUUGGUAAAAUUAUGAGCAUUGAAAAAUCAGUUAAGGAGAAGAAGCAAAACAUUCCACAGGCCAUGUCCUUUGCUAAGAAAGCACUCAAAUCUUCGAAAAUAUUUCUCACUCCUCUAAAAAGACCUGAAGAAACAACAUUGGAUGAAAGUAAUAAUAUCCUCAAUAAUUCAUUUCUACUCGAUGAUUAUGGAGAUAUUUCAAAGACACCUUCAGAAUCACCAAGAUCUGCUAUCAUUAAGCUUUCCCCACUCAAUUUCUCGAGACAAGGAUCGAUUGCUAAUAGCGAAAGAUAUAAUGUUACACUUUCUAGCAGUGCACUGAGUGAUUUUGAAAGUGAACCAACAGAAUUGGAACCAAAUAGUGAACUAUUGAGAGAAGAGUGUAUUUCUCCAUCCUCAAAAAAGAACCCAGGUUCUCUCCAAAAUGCAAGAAAGGUUGCGGCUGCCAUUACUAUUCAAUUGAUGGUAAGAAAGUUCCUUGCUAGACAAAGAUACAAGAGAAAGAUGAUGGAAUGUCAUAACAGGUUAAUUGAAGAACUCAAUAAGGAAAGAGAAGAGUACGCCUCAAUGCUUGAAGAUAUGAAGAUUGAAGUUCAGAAUCAAGCAGCAACAAAGAUUCAAUCAAUGAUAAGGAGUUUUCUAGCUCUCAAACAAGUUGAAAAAAAGAAGACUCAGUUCAAGGAGCAAUUACUGAUGGAGAUUGAAGAGGAAAAGCAACAAUACUCGAGUAUGAUCUGCUGUUAA